GAACAGCUGUUCCGUGAUUUUCUGUGUUAUUUUAGUUGAUAUUUUGUUGCUUACGCUGGAAAUUGUUCUGAGUCGUGUUCAAAUGGCCAAAGAAAUUCGACAGAGGCGGACACGCUUUUCCUUACCAGCUGCCCGAGAAAUUUGCAUUUCGCCUCCUGCAACAGGCUGUGCCGUCUUCGGAGUCCAACGGAAACCAAUUGCAUAAGAGGCUUUCAAUUUUUCAUCACAAGUCGAAACUGAAACCGAGAAUUGGAAGUUCGACUUUGUAUUUACACUCUCAGGGAUCCCACGAAAAAUCAUCAACAGGCCCGAAGCAUCGCAAUUGAUUGGGCCUUUGGUUUCCAAUUCCCGCAGAUUUUCGCCAAUUAAGCCGUGCUCUGGUGAAUUGACUCGAUCAACUAAGGAACCACUUGGUGUAGGAAGGUGUAGCCCAAUUUAACCCACGAAUCCUCUCCUACUGCCCCACAGUGGCCCGAAUCUUCGGAAUCUUAUCGCCGGCAAUCUUAUUAAUUCGAAGAGUACGCCGCUGCGAACCGCGAGCAUGAGCAGGAACUACAAAAUCCGCCGCGGAGGAGCUGGUGGUUCUCCGGCGGGGCCAGUCUACGGGGUGAUCUCGACGUUGGACGACGCCGCUCCAAAUCCCGCGGAGUUUGUCAGAUGUGCCUCCGUUGACGAGAAAAAGAGCGAACUGAGCCAGUUUCUCAACUGGGGAAGCCCUCCAAAAAAUCACACACAAAUCAUGGGCUCUGCGCUGCGAAACCGCAGCUGGGUUGUGGACCUCCUGGCGAUCUUCUUUGGGAUCGGCACUUGGUUGGGCGUGAACGGCACUUUCAUCCAACUGCCGCUCCUGGUAGACGAGGCGCCGGAGGGCUGGAGCCUGCCCUCGUACCUGAGCCUGAUGGUGCAGAUCGGCAACCUGGGACCGCUCCUCUACACGGCCAUACAGAAGUACUCCCCCAAGAAGCUGAACGAUGGCUGGACCAUCCAUGGAGUGCUCUUAGUGGGGGCCACCUCCUGCCUUCUCACCGCAUUCUUUUACAACCGCACCGCCCCGGUGGGCGACACAGACCACAGCCUGGCGCUCUUUGUGCUGACUUGCUUUACCGCAUUGAACGCCUGCACUAGCUCGGUGCUCUUCAUGCCGUACAUGGGCCGCUUCAAGGAGCAGUACAUGGUCACCUACUUUAUUGGCGAGGGCUUGAGUGGCCUGCUGCCGAGCGUCACAGCCCUAGUCCAGGGAAUCGGCGAGAGCGGGGACUGCAUCUUGGUAAAUGUGACUGAAGCCGGGGAACAGAUCUACGAGCUGCAGAAGUCGCCGCCACGUUUCGACACCCGUGUUUUCUUCCUGAUCCUCUUCGGGCUGAUGGUACUCAGCUACGUGGGCUACACCCUCCUGAACGCCCUUCCACUGGCAAGGAGAGAGUACGCCCAGGUGACAGUCAGCGAGGGAAACAAAUACGUUUACGGAGAGGCGGACCGGGAUGCCAAUCAGCCCGCCCAAGUGGAAAAACUCACCAAGGGCCAAUACACGUACAUGCUGCUCCUGAUCGGCGCCAUUUCUCUGUUCAGCAACGGAAUGUUCGGUAGCAUUCAGUCCUAUUCUAGCGCUCCUUAUGGCGCCAAGGCCUACCACUUGUCAGCAACUCUCAGUGUCAUCGCCAACCCAGUGGCAUGUUUCAUGGCCAUGUUCCUUCACUUCACAUCGCUGCGACUGAUAACCGUACUCUCUAUCCUGGCAGGUCUCCUGACCAGCUUUGUCUUCACAACGGCAGCCCUUAGUCCUGUGCCGCCACUCCACGAUCAGACCAUCGGCGCAGUGCUAGUGGUUACCGCCUGGACCCUCCUCGUAGGGAUCGUGAGCUACACAAAGCUUGGGAUCACUACGGUGAUGCGGGCCCAGGGCGGCCAGUCCUUGGUCUGGGUAGGAUCUAUCACGCAGCUCGGCUCGGCCAUAGGGUCGGUGGCCAUCUUCUUCGCCAUCAACUACUCAAGCCUGUUCCAGGAUGCACCAUCGGGCUGUUGACCUCCGAAAACGGUUUUGGGCCAUCUUAGUGUGAUAUUCCACCUCUACCAUCAGCUUGCGACUCAACAGCCACUAGCUCCUGGAUUUUAUACGCCUUUACUGUCCAUUAUCGGUCGCAGAUGACAGCAGUUGAAGCAUUUAACUCUACAAGAUUUUAGGACGUUAGGAUCAGUGACAAAAACUAUUUUCGAAAUAAAACGUAGGAAACGCAACAAAUGAUUUUUAACUAGAAAUAUAAGGAAAAUAUAUUUUUCGUUAAUACACGUUCCCCUAAAACUACUUCUUAAUUUGCCCAAAAAUACAGUCGACAGUUCGGUUUCUCAA